GGCGACAUGAAACUGCUCACCCACAAUCUGCUGAGCUCGCAUGUGCGGGGGGUGGGGUCCCGUGGCUUCCCCCUGUGCCUCCAGGCCACCAAGGUCCGUAUCUGCCCUGUGGAGUUCAACCCCCAACUUACGUGGCAUCAUACGUGGCACAUAUCAUACGUGGUACAUAUGAUACCUAAGGUGGAGUGGUCGGCGUUCCUGGAGGCGGCCGAUAGCUUGCGCCUGAUCCAGGUGCCUAAAGGGCCAGUUGAGGGAUAUGAGGAGAAUGAAGAGUUUCUGAGGACCAUGCACCACCUGCUGCUGGAGGUGGAAGUGAUAGAGGGCACCCUGCAGUGCCCGGAAUCUGGACGUAUGUUCCCCAUCAGCCGCGGGAUCCCCAACAUGCUGCUGAGUGAAGAGGAAACUGAGAGUUGAUUGUGCCAGGCGCCAGUUUUUCUUGUUAUGACUGUGUGUAUUUUU